AUGGAGUCACUGAAGGACAACAUAAAAGAAUUGGAAUCACCCAAAGACAACAUAAAAAUCGGGAAUCCAUGGUUACUAGCUUCGGGAGCAAGUGGUGAAACUUUAAAAGAGAUAUUAGGCUUUCUCGACUGUGAAAGCCUCGGUCGUCUACAUGCAGCUAAUUCGGGACUCAUCGACUCUUUUGCCCAAAAAGGACCUCAACUUUCUUUCGUUAGCGGUGUUUGGAUUGACAAAUCUUCUCCUCUUAAACCUAAGUUGCAACCGGAGUUUAUAAUGCAAAAGUCGAGAAUGUGGAUUUCCAAAAAUGAGGGCGAAAAUGUGGUGAAGAGGGUGAACGAAUGGGUUAAAAAAGAAACCAAAGGAUUAAUUCAGAAUCUCCUUCCUAAUGGAGCUGUGAAUGAAGAUACAAAUGUUAUAUUGGGGAAUGCACUCUAUUUUAAAGGAUUUUGGAUGAAAAAUCAAUUUAAGCCAAGUCUUACAGAUAUAUUAGAGUUCUAUCUCCUCGAUGGCGAGAAAUCAGUAAAAAUUCCCUUCAUGUCGAGUAGCUAUAAUAACAAGCUAUUACUUGCUUUGACAGCUUCAAGUAUCCAUUUUGAUUUUGAAGUAUCACGAAUACUCAAGAAGUUUGGUGUAGUUAUGCCUUUUGAUGAAUCCAAAGCAGAGCUGACUGAGAUGGUGAAUAUUGAUGAUCCUAGUAAUGAACACAAGAACCUUUAUGUUUCAAAUGUUUAUCACAAGUGUUUUGUUGAAAUUGAUGAAAAAGGAACUAAAGCUGCUGCUUCAACUGGUAUUCAGCUAGCAACCAUGGCUGGCAGACCUCCUCCUCCUGUUGAUUUUAUUGCAGAUCAUCCUUUCAUGUUCAUAAUCAGAUAG